GAGGUGAGUACAAAUUAUAGGAGAGGCUGCUUUUAGAAGCACAGUAUCAAGACCAUCCAAUCCCUUUGCUUUGGAUGUUUGCAGUUUCUUCAUGAUAUUUGAUACAUUUUGUUCCCCAACCUGUUCAAAGACAAACUUAGUACCAGGGGUAGGCUUAGUUAUACUGACAAAUAGGAAGCGAGACAUUUGAAAACAGAAUUAUUAAUAUAUCAUGGCGAUACAUAUUUUGGCGGGAAAGUAUCCUGUGGUAUGUCGUCUGCUUCUUCUGAUUUUGGCGCCAUGGUAUACGGAAGCAUUGCACGACAACGAGUUUGGAUACGCGGACAUCGCGGCUGGCGUGCCCGAGCUGCCCCAGGACGAAAUCGAUGAGCUACUGCUAAAACAUAACGAAGGUCGUGCAGAAGUUGAACCGUCUGCCGCAAACAUGAACAAAGUGAUAUGGAAUCAUGAACUUUACGUGGCGGCAAAGACAAAGGUGGAGUCUUGCACGUACGUCAUCGAUAUACCAGCAGAAACAGGGCAUUAUGGGAAGGUGGUUCAAUUUACCGGCAUCUCUAGGAAACCUACCUUUGAUUUGGCUGAUGCGGUAGAUAUGUGGAUGUACUUGGGCAAAGACAGCUACGAUUAUGAACAGGAUACAUGUAGCAGAGAUGACAUCUUUUGCAGGAUGUACAAACUGUUUACAUGGGGGCCGAUGGAGAUCAUUGGCUGUGCACACACUCUAUGUAGCUCUCUCGUUGAUACUUACUCAGACCGUGUCUUGGCAAAUACUUACUACUGGAAAUGCAACUACUAUCCUGUGGGAAACUUAGAUGAUGCCAACCCGUACACUGUCGGUACUCCAUGUCUUGAUUGUCCUGAUAAUACUGGCUGGUGUAACAAUGAAUAUGACAUGUGCGAUCCGGAAUGCAGCACGAGCGACGAUUCCUGCGACUGUCUAUAUAGCGAUACUUGCGAGGGUGUAUAUGAUUACGACUCGGAGUCUUGUACAUGUACAUGUGACCACCCCGAUUGUGAAGAUGAUCAGUUUGUGUGCAUCUUAAAGUGUGGUAACCCUGCCUGGGCAGUGGUUAAUGUCGAUGAAGGAAUAUGUUUCUGUAAUUGCCCAGCAGGAUACGAGGCCAAUGCAGCUCUUGACGUUUGUAACGAUAUAAAUGAAUGUCUGGGCGAUCCGAACCUGUGCGAGCACAACUGUGAGAACACCGAAGGCUCUUACCAGUGCACCUGCUUGCCUGGUUUCGAACUGGACGUCGAUGGACACAGCUGUGGACCUUUCUUCCAGAUCGGCCGCCACGAUGCCGACCUCAUAAAGACCACGACAACCGCAGCUCCGACCAUCCAACCACCAACGGCGACAACCGAGGAACCGACGUCGACAGUGUCGACAACACCCGAAUCGACAACGCCGGUCGAAACGACGACGGAAUGCGUGGUGUACAAUUGUGGCGCACAGGGAACUUACGACCCCGUUGGCUGCACGUGUAAUUGCAAUGCCGGUUAUUUCUUCAAUGAAGUAACUUGUGAAGAUAUCGAUGAAUGCGAGAGAGGGGACACUGUCUGUGAUGGAUGUGAGAACCUUCCUGGUGAUUACAGAUGUACCUCAUGUCACGAAGGCUUCAAUUUACACGUAGCAACAGGAAGAUGCGAGGAAGAUGUUUGCAAACUAGGAGAGGGAAUGCAUUGCAAUUAUAAUGGAUUCCUGGACGAAGGAACAUGUGAAUGUGUCUGCUUCUCGGGCUACAAAGGAACUCUAUGCGAAAGUGUGUGCCCGAUUACGGAGUCUAGUUGUUGGCCUGCCUAUGAUCCGAUACACCCGACCGAUCCAAGUCAGUGUGUGGUGUAUUGUCCAGAGUGCGAAUGCGAAGGAUAUCCAUCGUGUGAACACAAUGGUAUUCUCGCCCGAGCUUCUGGGUUUGAAUUCAUCAAGAAUGGCAUCUGCCGCUGCUACUGUCCUUUGCCUUGGAGCGGAGAUACGUGCGAUGAAUGCAAUCUAACUUGCCUGAAUGGAGGAACUUUAAAUCCUGCAGAUUGCACCUGUUCGUGUCUCUCCGCUGACUGGUAUGGCGUCGACUGCUCAAAACCAUGUGUUCAAACCUCACGUCUAUGUACAAACCGAACGCUGAGUAAAUGCGGGAAUGUGCCCAUCAUAGAUGCACACUGCCCCAUCAUGUGCGGCGCUUGUCUCGAUGAAUAGAUGCAGGUGAAAUACAUGAUGGAGUCGCAAUCAUCUCUUCCCGAUAAAUCAUACCCACUGGUAAAGAACUUCGACACCUUCACGAUAAUACCAUCGGAUAUAACAGAACAGAUUAAUGAAAAAAACAUAUAAAAAUUAUGGUUUAUUAUGUGAUGCGUAUAGCUUCUCGUGAUUUCAGCCCAGACUUAGACCGUGGUUUAGGUCAAGUGGUAUAAGGUUGAACCGGAGUUCCCAAUACUGGCCCCAGAGUUUUGUGCGAUGAGAAGGCUGGUGCUGCUGAAUGCUACUGAUGAGCAAAAAUGGCAUUGUGUGUUUCAUAAAGCUGCCCACGAAACUAAGAAUAAGAAAGUUAUGAAGACUCGAUACACUGGCCUGAAAAGGUAAUUUACAAUCAUGUAAUAUUUCAUAAGUAAAUAUAACCAUGUAUAGUAAACACUGUAAUACGAAGUAUAGUAUUUUACCUCAAUGUAACUGGAUGUGGAAGAAAGGGAAAUAUUUUUAGAACCAAAAUAACAAUUUAUUCCAACCUUGGUGGUAAACCUGAACUUUACAUAAUAUUGUAAGUGCCAUCCAAAAUCAUGUAUAUCGGUGUUAUAUUAAUGGCAAAAAGCAGAACAGUUGGUUGAGAAAAUAAGCCUUAAUUUCGUACAAAAUUAAUGUUGUAUUCAUGGCUUUUUGUGGAAUGUGAAGAAUGUUCGUUAUUAGUGUCAAUGAAUUAUGCUUGCUUUGUCUCGGGCAUUUAGUAUAUGAUUACAAACAUCAAAUACAUGGGGAUACAUGAAAGAUUUCUGGUCGAACCAGUAAAGGUUAUUUUCGUGAGUAACAGAGGUCAUCAAUAUGAUUUCGAUCUGUUUUUAAUGGCUAUGGCCCUAUCAUUAAUUAAAUGACAAAUUAUAAUUAACAA